AUGAAGCCCACCGCCGUCCUCCUCACAGCCGCCUCGGCCUUCUCCCUCGCCUCGGCCGUUCCCGCGGUUCCCUCUGCUGCUGCUGCUGCUUCUCCGGUUUCUCCUUUUCCUGAUAACAAGGGGUGUCCCGAUGGCAUCUCAUUCUCCGCCAGAAAAGUAGAUAAAGGCGUCGGGCCAGGAGGCGGCGACGGUGCUUGCUGCGGUACGAUAGUGAACAGCACGACGGUCGUCGCGUGCCCCGUCGGGAAGGACGAGGGAUCGGGAUUCGCUUCGGCCGAGGUCGACGAGGCUGAGGUCGUUUGA